AAGUGGCGCUGUUGUUUGAGCGACGGGACCGUCUCGCUCUGUCUCGUGGCUCGGUCUGAGGAGGUUUUACCGUGUCUCGUUCACAUACAAAGACGUGAGAUCCUCCAGAGGUUCUUCUGACUUCUUGUGAGGUUGUUGGUGUGAUAAUGAGGGUGUUGUAGAGUAAUGGCUGCUGAGGUGAAUGGCAGCUCCAGUCUGCUGAAAGAAGAAGAGGAGCCCAUGGAUGUGACGGCCACACACUCAGAGAACUACCAGACUCUGCUGGACGCUGGUCUGCCUCAGAAGGUGGCCGAGAGCCUGGACAACAUCUUCCAGACGGGGCUGGUGGCGUACGCAGAUCUGGACGAGCGGGCGCUGGACGCGCUGCGAGAGUUUAACGAGGAAGGAGCACUGUCUGUGCUGCAGCAGUUCAAGGAGUCUGACCUUUCACACGUGCAGAACAAGAGCGCCUUCCUGUGUGGCGUGAUGAAGACGUACAGACAGAGAGAAAAGCAGGGCAAUAAAGUGCAGGAGUCCACGAAAGGCCCCGACGAGGCCAAGAUAAAGGCUCUGCUGGAGAGGACGGGAUACACUCUAGACGUCACCACAGGCCAGAGGAAGUACGGCGGCCCUCCUCCAGAGGAAGUGUUCUCCGGCCCUCAGCCCGGCAUCGGCACCGAGGUGUUUGUGGGGAAGAUCCCGCGGGACCUGUACGAGGAUGAGCUGGUUCCUCUGUUUGAGAAGGCCGGCUCUAUCUGGGAUCUGAGGCUGAUGAUGGAUCCUCUCACAGGACAGAACCGAGGAUACGCUUUCAUCACCUUCUGCAGCAAAGAAGCAGCACAGGAGGCUGUCAAACUGUGUGAUAACUACGAGAUCCGGUCGGGCAAAUAUCUGGGCGUCUGCAUCUCGGUGGCCAACAACCGUCUGUUCGUCGGCUCCAUCCCAAAGAACAAGACCCGCGAGAGUAUCCUGGAGGACUUCGGCAAGGUCACAGAGGGCCUGCAGGAGGUCAUUCUCUACACUCAGCCGGACGAUAAGAAGAAGAACCGUGGUUUCUGUUUCCUGGAGUACGAGGAUCAUAAGUCGGCGGCUCAGGCUCGGCGCAGGCUCAUGAGUGGGAAGGUCAAGGUGUGGGGGAACCCGGUGACCGUGGAGUGGGCCGACCCGGUGGCCGAGCCCGACCCGGAGGUCAUGGCCAAGGUGAAGGUGCUGUUCGUGAGGAAGCUGGCCACGCCGGUCACCGAGGAGCUGCUGGAGAAGACCUUCUCUCAGUUCGGCAAACUGGAGCGUGUCAAGAAGCUGAAGGACUACGCCUUCGUCCACUUCGAGGAGCGCGACGCCGCCGUCAAGGCAAUGCAGGAGAUGAACGGGAAGGAGUUGGGUGGUGAGGAGAUCGAAAUUGUGUUAGCCAAACCUCCAGAUAAGAAGAGGAAAGAACGACAAGCAGCCAGACAAACCAGCAGAAACACAGGGUAUGACGACUAUUAUUACUACCCUCCCCCCCGCAUGCCUCCUCCGGGGCGUGGCCGAGGCCGUGGGGGGCGGGGCGGAUACGCCUACCCACCCGAUUACUACGGUUACGAGGAGUACUACGACGACUACUACGGUUACGAUUACCACGACUACAGAGGUGGCUACGACGACCCCUACUACGCCUACGACGACGGCUACUCCAUGAGGGGGCGGGGCAGUGGGCGGAGUCGCGGCGCUCCUCCUUUGCCCAGAGCCCGCGCGGCUCCACCCACCCGUGGCAGGGGCGGGUAUCCCCCGAGAGGCGGGGCUCCCAUGGGCGGAGGGCGGGGCCGCGGUGGCGGGCGGGGCGGGCCCUUCCAGCCCCCCCGGGGCCGCGGCACCAGAGGCGCUCGAGGAAACCGCGGAGGGAACGUGGGCGGGAAGAGGAAGGCAGACGUGUUUAAUCAGCCGGACUCCAAACGCCGGCAGACCGCCAACCAGCAAAACUGGGGCUCGCAGCCCAUCGCCCAGCAGCCCCUGCAGCAGGGCUCCGAGUACGCCGCCGGAUACGGCUACAGCAACGACUCGCUCGAGUUCUCCCAGGACUCCUACGGCCAGCAGUGGAAGUAGCCCCGCAGCCCGCCCUCGUCCUGACAAACUAGACCGUGAUUGGCCAGCAGUGUUUGUUUGACUUUUCUAUCUUCCAAUAGCCCUGUAGAUUCUGUCCGUGGCCCCGUCGGGACGUUUGUCUUAAACAGACACAACACUUUUAUUCCCACAUCCACCUCCUGGUUUUAAACGACACCAUGAACAUUUUAGUGCUGUCAAACGAUUAAUCGAAGGCGAAUCCCGUGCAAAAGAAACGCUUCAGUCUACAUGGUGUUAGUGCUGGGCGACGAUUGAUCGCAUGCGAAAGAAACCUUUUUGUUUAUGUAACGUGUGUGUGUGUGUGUGUGUGUGUGUGUGCAGUAAAUAUUUAUGUAAAUAUGUAAACACUCACAUGCUAUAUUUUGAAAAUAUUCACUUUAUAUUCAUAUAAUUUCUAUUAUAUAUAAAUAU